AUGCAUUUCUCUCCGGCCGUCCUCACUCUUCUAUCCCUCGGUCUUGCCAACACCGCAACCGCAGUACCCCUUCGCUCUACAGCGAACGGUCAUCAGAAUCCUCAAGCUGUCCUGGCAGCUCGAGCAUUCCCUGCUGCUCAGGAUCACAUCAUUCAGCACCUCGCUGCCAGAGACCAGGUCCCCGAGGCGGUUCACAAAGCCCUCAAGCAGCUCAACACUCGUCAGACCGAUGUGAUGCAACAGGCCUCCGUCGUAGUGGCCCGCUAUGCUCACAUGCCGCAGAGCGAUGAGCGUACUCGACUCGUCGUUCGCGACCUGGAGCGUCGUGGUAUUUUGGACCGUGAGUGCCGUGACCAGCUGCUAAGGCGAUACGUCCGCCGCUGAAGCUGAGAUUGACCGCUCCUCCCUUGCCGUUAGAACUAAUAUCCUCUUUGAAGGAGCUGGUUGACACUCUGCUUGGCCAGCGCGUAUCGCAGCCUCCAAGCAAGCGUCAAGCAGGCAACGUUGGCUCGGUGGUCCAAGAGAUCCUCUGCCUCUUGCAGCAGCUUCUUGGCAAUGGCACCGAUCAAUGCAACUCGGACGACGAUGCCGCCCCUACCAGCAGUGCAGGUGCAAAGAAGAGCAAGGCGACCAAGGUUGCCUCCAAAGCUUCUUCCUCCAACUCAACUUCUGUCGUUGAUGACGACGACAAGCCUGCCUCGGCCUCGUUGGUCCCUGAGGACCAGAUGACUUCUGCCACCGCUACCGGCACUGCUUCGUCUUCCUCUGCGUCUGCGACUGCGGAGAAGAAGCAGAAGGAUUCCGAGAAGAGUGGCAAGGGCAAGCAGGCUGCUUCCUCGAGCAGUGCUGAUCCCAGCGCCUCGCCCAGCGCCACUGGUAGCGCUCAAGCUGCCGCCGCGACGGGCAACUCGACCUCGACUGACAGCAGCGCCCAGAGCGCUACUGGCUCUGAUGACGGUCCCAGCGCUGCACGCGCAACGCUUGCCCGUCAGACCAACACCCAACUCGACCGAAGGGCCGCGAUGGACUUGGCUCCUCGUCAGUCCGGUGUCACUGGUCUAUUGACAGUGCUCAGGAUGCUGCUCGAUGCUCUCCUCAACACCUUGUUGCCCAUGUCUACCCGUAGCGAGGACCCAUCCUCGUCAGCUUCGGCUCAGAGCGCCGCGGUUACGGGCAAAGACUGCCCACCCCCCGGCACGCCAAAUGACGGUCAAUACCGACCUGGAUGCCCAGGCUACGGUCGACGUGAUCUGGGCGAGCGAGACACCAUCGGCGACUUGCUCGACACUGUCAUGCCCAUCGUCGAGUCCCUCAUCAGCGCCCUCACAAAUCAAGAUGGCGCCAGCGCUGCGACUGCCGGCGCUUCAAAGAGCGCAGCAACCAGCACCGACGACUCCGAUGCGGCUCCGUCCUCAUCCAAGAACAAGACAUCCGCUAACUCCAGCUCGAGCAAGGGAGCAGCGAGUGAGGACGCUUCUUCAUCGGACACCAGCAGCAGCAGCACCGCUUCGCUCUUGACUUCGCUACUCUCCGCUCGAGACUUUCUCGAGGCGGAUGGCUUCAUGCACGGCGUCCAGAACAUGCAAGCGCGAAGCGUCGAAGAGGUGGCCGAGCUAGCGGGCAACAUGCUCACUCGCCGAGCGGAUCUCCAACCAGUUUGGUCCGAGCUCAAAAAGAUUGGAGACGAAGAGUGGAAGCAUGCAGCGGGAGCAGCAGGGAAGCAAAGACGAGAUGCGGGCAGCGAUUUCGCGCCUGUGUGGUCGGCUUUCUCCGACAUGAUCGAUGAUGCGCUCAACAAGGAUGGUAAGGAUGCAUCUGCUGCCCAACAAGCUGCCGGUGCCAAGUCCAGACGUGGCUUGCCCUCUGCAGACAAGUCCAGAGCGCUCGCGCAGGCUGGUUUCAAGUGGGCUACCAAGCAGCUCUUUAGCGUCGGUUCCUCCAACAAAGCCAGAAGAGGCGGAGAUGAGCACCACUUGGUCGCUCGCGUGCAACACGACUGGAAGCCCCUCGCAAACGCAGCUUCCACAUUUGCUCAACAGCAGAUGCGCGAAUGGACGGGAGCUCUGAAUAAGAUGAAUGCUGAUAAGCAACAUUAG